CAGAGACACGCAGAGAAGUGAAACUAACACAGACACAAACCAGGAAAUAAUUUCAGUCGCCGCGUGGAAAGACACACGGACAAAGCACAGUCUGUAUGUGGGAGAAACCCACCGAAGAACCUCUGUGACAUCUGGAGGCAGUGGACGCAGCGACACGCAGUGUGUGCAGACUGGAGGUUUCAAAUUUCCACAUCACAGUUGUGAAAGUUUCAUACUGAACCAUGGCUGGAUCCAAAAUGCUGUUUUAGAGUCAUAAACCCUGCAGGUACCUUCAGGUGGCCUCAGUCUCAUGUCACUUGCUAUCCAACAAUUCUUUGUGAGGCGGUUUAUUUUCAUCCCACAGAAAAUGAAGAGAAUCUCACUCGGCUCAUGUGGCCUCCUGGUCCCAGUGCAGAGAGGAGCAGGUGUGAUGGGAAAUCUCAUUCUAAAGGUGCUGAGCAGCUGAUAGUUUGUCAUCAGAGGAGACUUUGAGGCUGAUGUGUCAUUGGCGUUUGGUCUGUGUGCAGAACUCACAGGAGUCUGGAAACAUGGCUUGUACAUCACAGUCUGCCUUAAAUUAUGUCAGUAGAGCCAGAGGGCGCCUUGUGGGAGAAUUACAGAAUCUCUCUGUGAUUCUGGAGAACUUGUAUCAGAAAGGAGUUCUCAGUGAUGAGGAGGUCAGCAAAAUACAGACAGAGCGUGAUGACUUCGAUAGAACCCGAAAAAUCCUGGACAAGGUCAUAAAAAAGGGGGAAGCAGCCUGCUACGAGUUACUCAGAAUUAUUGACGUGACGAGGAAGAGGACUUUAGAGAGGCCGCCUCCUCUCUCUGAGAAAAACACUGGAGCUUCCACUGGAACCCAGAAGUUUGACCUGCACCACUGGAUCAGCUGCUUUUCUUUCAAGGAAGAAACGCAAAUGGAUGUGGACUACCUGCAAGGACCAAGACCGUGCCACAGAUAUCAGAAAAAGUUGAAGUUUAAAGCACAGAAAUUAUCUAAAGAGUUUUGGAAUGCAAGUAAAAAACUGUUUGAAGACAAAAGGAGGCCUGAUCUGUCAUACACCUCACUUGUAUUGGAUACACAGAAAAGCCCAUCUCCAUCUAAAAUCAAGAAAUGGAAGAGAAAGAAAAGUAAGAUGAGUCGACCUAAGAAACUGAGGACAUACAUCCCUGAGGACAAACCAGAAAUUUCCCCCACUGACCUUCUGAAAACACAGGAAGACAUCCUCUUGGUCGGGAAGCCUGGAAUUGGAAAGACGGCAGUCGUUCGUGAAAUGUUGAGACUGUGGGCAGAAACGGACAACAGGGAGUUAGAUUACAUGUUCUACUUUGACAUGAGGAAAAUGUCCCAAACCACACCCGCUAUGACCCUGAAGGAAUUUCUUUUUAAUAAGUUCAGUGAACCAGAUGUAGGCGUGGAUGAGGUUUUACAGGAUAUAAAGAGUAACUCUGACAAUGUUACCAUCAUUUUUGAUGGCAUCACAGAUCUGUCUCCAUCAGUGGUGGAGGACCUUGUAGAGAAAGAACUACUACCUGAUGCAAAGAUCAUCAUAACAUGCAGACCAGAUGACGAGAAAGACUUCUUCUCUGGGGACUGUCUCAGAGUGGAGGUGAAAGGAUUUAGUGAGCAGACCAUAAAGUUUUGA